AUGGCCCCGUCAGCCACAAACGGCAGUGCAUAUGGCACAUCCAACGGAGCCCACGAGGAUUCGAGAGCUCCUACUAACGGAUACACCAACGGGCAUACCAAUGGGCAUACCAAUGGGCACACCAAUGGGCACACCAACGGAUUCACCAAUGGCUCUUCACACAGCAAUGACACCUCUGAGCUAAAUGGGCAUCAUGCUCAACCCUUCGGACAGACCAACGGUCACCGAGUUGGUCAGACCAAUGGCCUCAAUAACGGCCUCAGCAACGGCCUCAGCAACGGCCUCAGCAAUGGACACUCAAACGGCGUGAAUGGGAGCCAUACUUCACAACCUAAAGAGAAGGUGAUGCCUAUUGCCAUUGUUGGCAUGUCUUGUAGGCUACCGGGCAGCGUAGCCAGUCCAGCUGAGUUCUGGGAGCUAUGUGCUAGAGCUCGAAGUGGCUAUUCAGAGAUACCCAAGGAACGGUUUAACACCGCCAGCUUCUAUCACCCGAACCCGGGGAAAGCUGGCUCCCACAACCCGGUUGGGGGCCACUUUCUGAACACAGACCUACAAGCAUUCGACGCCCCCUUUUUCAGCUUGACGGAAAAGGAGGCCAUCUCUAUGGACCCGCAACAACGGCUGCUCUUGGAAUGCACGUUCGAAGCGCUCGAAAACGCGGGUAUUCCCAAGCACAAGAUCAUUGGCAAGGACGUCGGGGUCUUUGUUGGCGGGUCGUUCCCCGAAUACGAAUCUCACUUGUUUAGAGAUUCGGACACUAUUCCCAUGCAUCAAGCUACCGGUUGCGCGUACGCCAUGCAAUCUAACAGAUUAUCGCAUUUCUUUGAUCUUCGCGGGCCAAGUUUUACCACAGAUACGGCAUGUUCCUCUAGUCUUGUUGCACUGCAUGUGGCUUGUCAGAGCUUACGUGCGGGCGAGUCGGGCAUGGCGAUAGUCGGUGGUUGUCAUUUGAACAUGCUCCCAGAGUUCUGGAUAUCCUUCUCUAAAUCGAGACUCUUUUCGGAUUCAGGUCGAUCAUUUUCGUUCGAUAGUAGGGGUACAGGGUUUGGUCGUGGUGAGGGGUGUGGUAUGGUGAUCCUCAAGCCGCUCGACCAGGCCCGUAGAGACAACGAUCAAAUCAGAGCAAUCAUUGUCGGAAGCGGGAUCAACCAGGAUGGAAAGACGCCUGGUAUCACUAUGCCCUCUGGCGAGGCGCAAGAAACAUUAAUGCGUCAAGUAUAUACUAAUGCUGGACUCGACCCCGCCGAUUGUGGCUUCGUGGAGGCACACGGAACAGGAACCCGAGUUGGGGACCCAAUUGAGGCCACUGCAAUUCAUAAUGUAUUGGGUGCCGGGAGGUCCCCGAGAGAUCCCCUUUUCAUCGGAUCUGUGAAAUCUAAUAUCGGCCAUCUUGAGGGCGCUUCUGGAAUUGUAGCCAUUAUCAAGUCCGCUCUCAUGCUAGAGCGAGGGUUCAUUUUGCCUAAUUAUGACUUCAAAUACCCCAAUGAGAAGAUUCCUUGGAAGGAGUGGAAUUUCAAGGUCCCCGUUAACCAACGCCCUUGGCCGCGGAAUAAGAAGUACAUCAGUGUCAACAACUUUGGAUUUGGUGGUACUAAUGCCCACGUCGUCCUUGAAAAAGUCCCCUUCACGCAAAAGGGCUCUAAAAACGAUGCCGAUCUCAAGAACGACAACCCUGGAAGGAAACUCUUCCCAGUUACUGCGAACGACAAGAACGCGCUAGAGGCCGUUCUCAAGAGUCUCAUUAUCUACUUGGAGCAAAGACCUGAAAUGUUCCAAAAGGACUUGAUGUCAGACGUUGCUUACACUCUGGGUCAACGGCGAUCUCUGCUACAAUAUCGGGUGGCAAUUCCCGCGCUUAGAUCUUUUGACUUCAUCGAUGCUAUCAACAACCAGAAGAUCACACCUGGCAAGGAGGUCGAUCCGUUAAGGAUCGGAUUCAUCUUUACUGGACAAGGUGCGCAGUGGUACGGUAUGGGCCGCGAGCUCUACGACCAAUAUCCCGUGUUUGCACACGCAAUUGACUACGCGGAUGCUUGCUUGAGCACACUGGGUGCUUCCUGGUCUCUCGUGGAAGAAUUGAGCAAGGAUGAGAAGACUUCUGCCGUCGGAGCUGCUCAUAUCAGCCAGCCGUCUUGCACCGCCAUUCAAUUAGCCUUAGUUGAUCUCAUGCGAUCGUGGGGUAUUCUACCGACCGCAGUGGCUGGUCAUUCCAGUGGAGAAAUCGGUGCAGCUUAUGCUGCGGGUAUUCUGACCUUCGAGGCAUGUGUCUCAAUCGCUUACCACAGGGGCCGUCUCAUCCCUGUCUUGAAAGAGCGAUACCCUGAUCUGAGGGGCUCCAUGAUGGCAGUCGGAGGUAGCAAAGAAGAGUUUGAGCCUCUACUUUCAAAUCUUAAGGAUGGUGAAGUCAAGAUUGCGUGUUAUAACAGCCCUAGCAGUCUCACCAUCUCGGGUGACGAGGCUGGUAUUGAUGAGUUGAAGAAGGUUGUUGAAGAGAAGCAACUCUUUAACAGGAAACUUUUCGUCGACACUGCUUAUCACUCCCACCACAUGAACCUCCUCGCGAAGGAGUACCAAGCAUCAAUCGACGAGCUUGAAGGACCGAUUUCAACGGAUGUUAGGUUCCACUCAUCGCUCUUAGGCCGUCGUAUUGACGGCACUGAACUCGAAGCAUCCUACUGGGUACAGAACCUUACUUGCCCAGUCAGGUUUGAUGAGGCUGUACAGAGCAUGCUUGAGCCUAUUGAUGGUCAUAAAACCGGCGUCAACAUGCUCGUUGAACUUGGACCCCACUCUGCGCUCCAGGGACCCCUUAAGCAGAUCCUCAAGACAGUAGGUGGCGAUGCGGCUAAGAUCCCUUACGCUUCUGCCCUCGCAAGAAAGAAGGAUGCUGUGGAGACGGCACUAGACGUUGCUGCCACCCUCUUUGCUAAGGGUGCUCCAAUCGAUUUUGAAGCUAUUAACUUCCCCAAGCAGGGUAAGCCGCCAAUGUUAUUAAGCGACUUACCUCGUUACCCCUGGAACUACUCGUCCAAGUACUGGCACGAAUCUCGCAUGACGGACCUACACAAGAACAGGACCGCUCCCCGUAACGAUAUUCUCGGCACUCUCGCCAACUACUCCAACGACCUGGAACCCACAUGGAGGAAUAUCGUUCGUCUUGAUGACCUACCUUGGCUCCAGCACCACAGGAUCCAGUCUCUGACAAUCUUCCCCUUUUCAGGCUAUGUCUCAAUGGCUGUCGAAGCGGCAGCUCAGCGAGCAAAGGGUGCCAACGUACACUUUGAUAAGUUUGAGCUCCGUGAUGUGUCUGUUCUUGCACCAUUAGUUAUCCCUGAUGAGGAUGUCGAGAUGACGACUACUCUCAGGCCACAUCAAGAGGGUACUUUGGUCUCUUCGGAGGUGUGGGAUGAGUUCCGCAUAUGCUCAUGGACAAAGAGCAAGGGGUGGAAAGAAAACUGCAAGGGAUUAAUUGCCGUUCAAACCCACGAGUCAAACGGUGUGGAUGAUGCUAGACAGAAUUUGGCAUCGCGAAUUCAUCUCCAGUCAACCAUUUCUGACAUCAACGCAGCCGCGUCCUCGUCUAUUGAAAUGGAAAAGCUGUACGAAAGCCUCUCUGAGGUUGGUGUUGCUUAUGGCCCGACCUUCCAAGGAGUAACCAAUUGCAAGGCCUCUCACUCUUGCUCGCAAGCCGACCUCCUUGUUCCCGACGUGGCAAAGGAGAUGCCUAAUCACUACCUAACCGACACCGUCAUUCAACCCUCAUUUCUUGAAUCCCUCGUCUCCAUGUACUGGCCAAUUGCUAGCUCGAAGAAUUCUUCUCCAGACACCAUAUACCUACCCUCAUCAGUCUCAAGCGUAUCGAUCUCGACGGAAGUAAUCGAUAUUGGCAAGACACCUGGCCAAGCCGUCAAAGCCUACUGUCUUGGAUCCCUACCGUCAGAUAGCCCCAGGCCAACAAAGAUGAACAUGUUCAUUGCCGGCCCUAAUGCGUCGGAGCCCAUAAUCAAGCUGGAUGGUCUUACCAUUGCCCCUAUACUAGAGCGCGACGGAGAGACUGACCAGGAGGCUCACCGUGAGCUGUGCUAUAAGCUGGAUUGGGAACCAAUCCUUGACCCCGUAUCAGUGGACUCUGACAGCUCAUCGUCGGAAUGGGUACCUGUAGAAGACUGCCAACUACCCGACUCAGACAUUGAAAUCGUAUACGGAGAGGGUAGCCUUCAAACUCAGAUAGCCUCCAGUUUAGCUGAGGCCUUGCAACGAAUCACCGGCAAGUUGCCUACCACGAGUACUCUUCUAGAGGCACAGGCUGAGAAUAAACUUCUCAUCUUCCUCUCUGAGAUCGACAAGCCGCUCUUAUCGCAGCUGAAAGCCGAUGAAUUCACCGCUCUCCAAAAGAUGCUCAUCUCCGUGCAAGGUGCUUUGUGGGUUGUUCGUGGCGCUUAUGACAACUCGACUUCACCAGAUCUGAACAUGAUUCUUGGUCUCAGCCGAACAAUCCGCUCAGAGACUCUACUGCCCUUCUCUACAUUAGACCUCGACGGACGGAACCAACUCUCCGCCGAGCAGGUGACCGAAGCCGUUCUCAAGAUCUUCACCGCAGUCUUCGGCAAGAGCAGCGCCUUGAAUGGCGAGCUCGAGUUCCAGGAGAGAAAUGGGUCGUUCUUCACCCCUCGAAUCAUCAACGACCCGGUGAUGAACGAGAUCGUCCACAGAGAAACUAAACCCUCCGCUCUUCAGCAAACACCAUUCGGCGAGACAGACCGACAACUAAAGAUGGCCAUCACAGAUGCUAGCGCACUUGAAACGCUUCACUUUAUCGACGACCUAGUCGCCGAGGCACCCCUCAAUGGCGAAGACAUCGAGUUCAAGGUCCACGCCGUCAGUGUUAACCACAGGGAUCUCACAGCUGCCCACGGCAAACUCGCAACGCACGACUUUGGCGUGGAAGCUAGUGGUGUAGUCACCGCUGUAGGCAAGGACGUCAAGAAAAUACAGGUUGGCGACCGAGUUGCAGCUAUUACCAAGGGCGCCUUUGCUACGUCGACCCGUACCAAGGCUACAUUUGCCUUCAAGCUUCCAUCGGAUAUGCAGUUCGAAGAGGGCGCAACCCUCCCUCUCGCUUACAGCACCGCCUACUAUUCUCUUAUCGAACUCGGACGACUGGCUGAGGACGAGACUGUUCUAAUCCACGCCGCCGCCGGUGCCGUUGGCCAAGCUGCUAUCGCGCUCGCUCAGAUGGUCGGCGCCAAGGUAUUUGCUACUGUAGGCAGCACUGAGAAGAAGGAAUUCCUCAUCAAGGAGUACAACGUACCUGAAGACCACAUCUUCUACAGCAGGAACCUGUCGUUCGGCAACGCUAUCCGCCAAGCCACAGGUAACGUCGGCGUUGACGUGGUACUGAACUGCCUCACCGGUGACGGCCUCCGCGAGAGCUGGAGCAGCCUCAAUAAGUUCGGUCGUUUGAUCGACAUCGGGGCCCGAGACACCAACACCAGCACAAGACUCGAGAUGACCCAGUUCGACAACAACGCCAGCUUCAUGACUGUCGAUAUCAUGGCAAUCGCUGCUGAGCGACCAAAGCUGCUGCAAAGACUCCUCUCCGAUGUAUCCAAGUUGAUGCGAUACAACAAGAUCCGCCCUAUCUCCCCCGUCACCGUAUUCCCCAUCUCCGAGGUAGAGUCCGCAUUCAAGACGCUCCAGGGCGCCAAGGCCCACGGCAAGCUCGUCGUGGUACCACAUGCACAUGAUGUCGUCAAGGCUACGCCUCCCCGCAAACCCGCGCAGCUGCUUAAGGCUGAUGCUUCUUACAUCCUCAUCGGCGGUACCGGUGGGCUUGGUCGAAGCAUGGCCCGAUGGAUGGUCAGCCGAGGUGCCCGGCAUCUAGUGCUAGUCUCACGAAGUGGCAGCGCAACCGGCAAGGUCAAGGAAUUGAUUGAAGAAGUUGCUUCGGUUGGUGCCGAGAUCGUGGUACGCCGUGCUGAUGUGGCCAACCCUGCAUCUGUUGAAGAGUUAAUCCAGCACGGUCUAGAGGGCUUGCCUCCUGUUAGGGGUGUAAUCCAUGGUGCUAUGGUCCUUAACGAUGUUCUAUUCGAGAAGAUGACCUACGACCAAUACACCACCGUCAUCGAGUCCAAGGUCCAAGGAGCCUGGAACUUCCACAACGCCCUCUCCGGCACACCCCUAGACUUCUUCGUCGCCAUCUCAUCCGUCGCCGGCGCCGUCGGCAACCGAGGCCAAGCCGCCUACGCCGCCGCCAACUGCUUCCUAAACGCCUUUGUCCAAUACCGACUCGCCCAAGGCCUACCCGCGUCGUCAUUGGACUUGACAGCUAUCUCCGACUCGGGCUACCUCGCCGAGGAUCUCGAGAAGGCCGCCGAAGUCGCCAAGAACCUCGGCAGCGACACCAUCUGCGAAGCCGAAGUCCUCGCCCUCGUUGGCGCCGCUAUCAACGGCAACUUAGCCACCGCCUGCAACAACCACACCAUCACCGGCAUGCGCAUUACCCCCAGCAUGCAACCCUUCUGGACCCCCGACGCGAAGUGCAAGCACCUGCGCGAGGCCAUGGAAGCCGCCGCAGCCGCCGACGCCGCCGCCUCGGGCAGCACCAAGGCGAUCUCGUACAACGCGGCUGUGAAGGCGGCCAAGACGCUCGAGGAAGCCGAGGCGGUCGUCUGCGACGGCCUAGUGCACAAGCUAGCUGCGGUCAUGAUGAUGGAGCUCGAAGACCUCGACGUGACGCGCUCGCUAUCGCACUACCCGCUCGACUCGCUCGUCGCCAUCGAGAUCCGCAACUUCAUCACCCGCGAGUUCGAGGCCACGCUGCAGGUCCUCGAGUUACUGUCUAGCGGCUCCAUUCAGACGCUGUCCAAGGCCGUCUGCGUCAAGAGCAAGUUGGUUAACUUCUAG